GACUGAUGCUGUCUUUGACCUUCCCUGCUUUCCCGCAUCUUACCACUUUCCCUGGUAUAAAGUCAAUUCUCUUUAAACUCUAGAACUACAAUUGCAUCAUUCUUUCCUCUAUUAUUCUUUUUUAGUGAUUUUAAGAAUUUCAGAAUCAACUUAGGUGCAUCAAAGCAUAUAGAUGGCUGAAGCUUUGCUCAGUUUUGCAAUAGAGGCAACAUUAUCCAAGGUGAUCUCUAUUGCCGGUGAGCAGAUCAAUCUCGCCUUGGGUUUCAAGAAAGAGCUGGCAAGGCUUCUUGACUCACUUACUAUGAUCCAGGCUGUGCUGCAGGAUGCGGAAGGAAGGCAAGUGAGGGACAAGGCUGUGCGGCUUUGGCUGGAGAGGCUCAGAGAUGUUGCUUAUGAGGCUGAUGAUGUGCUAGACGAGUUUGCUUAUGAAAUUCUCAGAAGGAAGGUAAAAUAUCAGAACCAGCUGGAGACAAAGGUCUGCUACUUUCCUUUCUACAAGCCUGUGGCAUUUUCUUUCAAAAUUGCUAAUAAAAUUAAGAAGAUAAAUGAAUCUCUAAUUCAAAUAAAAUCUGAUGCGGCUGGUUUUGGACUCAGAGUUGGAACUGUAGACGGGGUUCCCCAAAUUAGCCGAGACUAUGAGACGGAUUCCAUCCUUGAUUCAGAAGUUGUAGGAAGGAAAGAUGAUGUCUCGAAGAUUGUGGACAUGUUGAUUAGGUUAAGUGGCCAACAAGCUAUUUCUGUCAUAUCUAUAGUGGGUAUGGCAGGCAUUGGAAAGACAACUUUGGCAAAAUCAGUGUGCAAAGUAGUAGAAGAGAAAAAUAUAUUUGAUGCGGUAAUGUGGGUAUGUUUAUCUGAUAAUUUUAGUGACCAAAAGAUUUUAGGGGGAAUGUUGGAAUCCCUUGAUAGAGAUGCAGGAGGAUUGAGUAAUAUUAAUGCAAUAAUUCAAAACCUCAGAAAAGAGCUGGAAGGGCAAAGAUUCCUUUUGGUUCUUGAUGAUGUAUGGAAUGAGGAUCGUGAGAAAUGGGUGAGAUUGAAGAGUCGUUUGUCAAAGAUUAAUAAUAAUGCAAACAGUAUUGUUGUCACAACUCGUAGUCAAAAUGUGGCAUCCAUAAUGGAGACAUUUUCUUGGCAUACGCAUCACCUAGAAAAGUUAUCAGAUGAUGAGUGUUGGUCAAUUAUCAAGUAAAGAGCACUUGGUAAAAGAGGAGAGUUGGUGAGUUCAGAAUUGGAGGACAUUGGGAGGGCAAUUGCAAAAAGAUGUGGUGGUGCGCCCCUUGUUGCAAGCAUUUUAGGAGGAACAAUGGGCUUUAAAUUGGAAAAAGAUGCAUGGUUGUUGAUUAAAAAUAGUGAUGCUUGGAAGUUAAAAAACAACAACGAAAUUUUACCUACUUUGAAGUUGAGUUUUGAUAAUUUGCCUUUAAGUUUGAAACAAUGUUUUGCAUAUUGUUCAAUUUUCCCAAAAGAUCAUGAGAUUGAAAGGGAUCAACUGAUUCAGCUUUGGAUGGCUCAAGGGUUUCUUCAGCCUUCUGAAGAAAGUAGUCCCUGUGACGAAAGUCUUGCACUGAUGGAGGAUAUUGGAAACAAGAACUUCAAUGACUUAUUGUCGAACUCUUUAUUUCAAGAUGCAGAAAGGGAUAUGUACGGCAACAUUACAACUUGUAAAAUGCAUGAUUUAGUUCAUGACCUUGCACUGUCUGUUUCAAAAUCUGAAACACUGACUUUGAAGACUGAUUGUGUAGGUGAUUUUUCUCGUGUUCGUCAUCUGAACGUCAUUAGUGAGGGAGAAAUGGUGCCAGAGGUCUCCAGAGCUACUAAGCAUAAAUUGCACUCUUUGUUUUCAAAGUUUGAUAUCUUCCAUAACCUUUCAGGUGACUUUAAAAGUUUACGAGUUCUUAAUUUUGAGGGUGCUUAUAUUGAAGAGUUGCCUGCUUCACUUGGAAGUUUAAGGCAUUUGAGGUACUUUGACAUCUCCUGGACCAACAUCAGAGCACUACCUGAAUCCAUCGCUAAGCUUUACAAUCUGCAGACAUUAAGAUUCAUGUGCUGCUUUUGCCUUCAAAAUCUCCCUAAAGGAAUGAGAGAUUUAGUUAGCUUGAGGCACAUUUUUUUCAAUGAUCCAAUGCUUAUGCCUGUGGAGAUUGGACCGUUAACCUGUCUUCUGACGUUGCCAUUAUUUUCUGCGGGUAGAGAAAUGGGAAAUCAAAUUGAAGAAUUGGGAUGCUUAAGCCAACUGAGAGGAGAGUUAAAGAUAUCCAAUCUUGAGCAUGUUAGAGACAAAGAUGAAGCCAAAGGAGCUAAACUCCAAGAAAAGACAAAAAUAUGCAAGUUGGAAUUUGUCUGGCAGUCUCAUAGGGAAGGGCUGAAUAAUGAUGAAGAUGUGCUGGAAGGUCUUCAGCCUCACUCGAAUUUGAAAAGUUUAACCAUUACAGGUUAUGCAGGAGACAACUUUCCAUCAUGGAUAUCGACAAAGGCACAGAUUGUUGGUGAUUCACUUUUGCUCAACAAUUUGGUGAAUUUAAAAUUAAUCAAUUGCAGGAAAUGCCAAAACAUUCCAACCAUUGGGCAACUGCACAAUCUAAAAGUUCUUACAAUCGAUGGAUUGGAGAACGUGAAGUACAUUGGUAUUGAAUUUUAUCUUAAUGACAGUAUGUGUGGCGGGCAGGAGGCUUUGUCACUGUUCCCAGCAUUGAGAAAAUUCACUUUGAAGGAGAUGAGCAACCUAGAGGAAUGGGUGGAAGAGGUGGAGGCAGCAAUGAUUGGAAGAGAACAGGUGUUGGUGUUUCCUUGCCUUGAGGAGUUGAUUAUUUGGAGGUGUCCAAGGUUGAAAAGUGUUCCGAUAAUGAGUGGAUAUUUGUCUCUUCUGAAGCUUGAUAUUAGAUGGUGUGAACAAUUGAGUCUCAUAGGAGAUGGUCUAUCUGCGUCCACAUGUCUCAAAGAAUUAUCUAUAUGGGAAUGCUUUAAUCUGAUGUCCAUUCCUGGCAUAAAUAUGCUCUACUCUCUUACAAAACUAGAAAUUUCUGGAUGUGGAGGAUUAACAAGCCUGCGUGGGCUGUGCUCAUGCACUUCUCUUGAAGUUUUGAGGAUAUGCAGCUGCCCCAAGUUGAUCUCUCUUCCAGAAGAUCUAGGUAAAUUGCAUUCUCUCCGCUCUUUAGGAAUCACAUUUUGUGGAAAAUUAACAUCCAUUCCACCUAGUCUAUGCCACCUCACACAGUUGAAGGUGUUGAGGAUUGGUGGUUUUUUGGAAAAACUGGAGGAAUUCCCUGGUUUUGGUUUCAUCCAGCGCCUUAAUUUGUCCCUUGAAGAUUUGCGGUUAUACAGGUGGGACAAACUAAAGGCUCUACCGUAUCAACUUCAAUACCUCACUUCCCUUGCAUCUUUGGACAUAAGGGACUUCAAUGAAGUGGAAGCUAUGCCAAUGUGGCUGGGAAACCUCUCAUCUCUUCGAGAACUUGAAUUCCGGAGAUGCAAGAAUCUGAUGCGUGUCCCUCCUCUAGAAACCAUGCAGCGCCUGACCAAAUUACAGACACUUAGGCUUUAUGAUUGUCCCAAGUUGAAGGAAAGAUGUGCUGAGGAUAGCAGACAUGAGUGGUCCAAGAUUUCCCAUAUUCCAAAUGUCAUAAUAGAUAAUGCAUUAGUCCAGUCUCGAGAAGAUUGAGGUUGUGAAUCCUCAUUUUGUUUUUUAAAAUCUCAACCCCUCAUGGAGCGUUAAAAUUUGUAGCUUACUGGACUCCGACUUUGACUUUUUCUAUUGU